AUGGUCUUCCGCUUCGCCAAAACCCUCGACCCGAUAACCCUCUUCCACUCCCCGCAGCUAGCAUCUAGCAAAUCCGCCCUCAGCAUCCUGCAACGCGCAUCCACAACGGCAGCCAGCACGACAUCUACUCCGCGAGGCGAAUUCCAACUCGAAGUGAGCACGGCCCCGCCGACGAGCGACCAGUUGCGGAAUAUACUUGAUUAUGUGUCGGGUAGUGGUGCGGGAGGUGGUUCGGGGGUCGGGAAGGUGUAUAAGGUUGAAGAGGUGGUGAGGGGGGCGAGGGAUGCGGAGGAUGCGAUUAAACGGUUCAAAGCGGAUCCGGAGGGAUCUUUUGUGAGGCCGAUUACGGUCGAUUGGACGAAAGGACAGGCUGUUGUUGGGGAUAAUGAGUCGGAGAUUUUGAAGAUGGUGCAGGAGUUGAACUGA